AAGGGUAUCUGUUUCACCAUUUUACAGGGUUAUCCCCACGGCCACUUUUAAGCUCCAGCAAGAUUGAAGCCACCAAAAUCACAUAAGUGGAACCUAUUUGUGAUCUCAACAACCGUACAAUUUCAAUUGAUAGCCAUGGAACCUGAAUUUCACAAAGCUGCAAUGCAAGGUAACAUUGAUGUCUUUAAAGGAAAGGGCAAGAAAAUUAAGUCCAUCCUAACCCCCAAUAAAAAUACAAUCCUUCAUCUACACUUCACAAACUAUACUAACAAUGUAUCAGAGACAUUUGUGAAAGAGGUUCUACGUGAGUGUCCUACGCUUGUUUUAAAGGCCAAUGUGAAGGAUGAAACCAUACUUCAUGUAGCAGCAAGGUAUGGACAUCAUCAAAUAGUGAAAACAUUAGUUGAUUUUGCUAAAGCUCUUCCUAAAGAUAUGGAUGAAGUUGGAGCCGAGAAAAGACUCAUAAGAGCAGUAAAUGAUAAGAAAGACACAGCCUUGCAUGAAGCAGCUCGUUACGGUCAUGUAGAAGUUGUGGACGUCAUGAUAAAUGAAGAGCUAGACCACUCACAUUUUGGUAAAAAUGUUGGAGACGAAACUCCACUUUAUAUUGCUGUUGAGAGACGGUAUUGGAACGUGGUGGAUACAAUAUUGGAUAAAAGUAAUUCACCACAAUAUGAUGGUCCUAAUGGCAGAACUGCUUUGCAUGCUGCAAUUCUUCAUGGUAGCAAAGAAGAAGUAGUGUCAAAGUUGUUGGCAAAAAACUCAUCAGUAGUAAAAGAAGCAGAUGAAAAUGGUUGGGUGCCACUUCACUUGGCGGCACUUUACGCAACUUCAGAUAUGAUAAGGGUGUUAUUAGAGAAUGACAGGAGCACAGCAUACAUGAGAGAUAAGAAGGGAAGGACAGCUCUUCACUUUGCAGCACUUCAUGAAGAUUCAUCUGUAAUGAGAAAGCUAUUAGAAUUUUGUCCAGAUUGUUGUGAAUUGGUGGAUGAAAAGGGCUCUAAUGCUCUUCACUACACUGCAAUGAGAGAAGACAAUUACCUUUCUGGAGGACUAGAACAGAUCAUGCAAAAUGCACCACAAAUGAGCAACUUGUACAAUGAGAAAAAUGAUGAUGGAAACACACCUCUUCACCUCCUUGGCCGUCAUGCUCCCAAAUGGAAAAAGGAUGCCAAUCGUUAUAAUCAUCCUUUUCUAGAACCACUUCCAAGAGUGGACAAAAUGGCAUUCAAUAAAUACAAUCAAACUGCUCUCGAUAUUGCUAUUGAUGCUGUGCCUCCACAUUUAGCUUCCAAGAACACAAUGUUAAUGAAAUUGAUAAUUAUUGGAGUAAAGUCAGGAAGACGGCUUUUGGAUAGGCACCUUAGAGAGAAGAAACAUGAUUUUGUAGUUGGUGAAGAGAAGAAACAAUAUAAGGAAAAUAAUAGUGAAGAUGAUUCAGCUGAAAUGGCAAGAAACUACUCAGUAGUGGCAACUUUAAUCGCAGCAGUAACAUUUGCAGCAGGAUUCACAGUGCCUGGGGGAGAGAUCCAAGAUGGAGAAGAUAAGGGCUCCCCCAUAUUAAAGGCAAAUGCGGCUUUCAUUGUGUUUUUUAUAGCAAAUAGUCUCUCAUUCUUUUGCUCUACUGUAGCUGUUGGUGCCCUAUUUUCGCUGCCACUUGUAAAAUAUAGUAAGUCAAUGCUGCUGCAAUGCUGUGAGAUCUUAAUUUGGAUGGCAUUAUUUUUCAUGAUGGUUGCAUUUAUAACGGGCACAUAUUCUAUGACGGGUCCCUCUCUUUUAGCUGCUAUCUACAUCUCUAUCAUGGCUGUUGGAGCCGUCAUUGUCUGUUGUGCACUUUGCAGAAUCGGUAGGUUUGAAGUGAGAAGCCAAAACAGUUGGUAUAAUCGAUUGUAUUUUGUUCCUGAUUGCCGUUUUGAGAGAGCAAAAGAAGUUCAGCUCUCACAUACUCUCUAAUCAUUGUACUUAGAUGAGAUGAAAUCUGAGACGCUUUUUGUUU